AGAUGUCACACUUUUGUCAUUUAUCUUCGUUUAGAAAUAAUACCCGUAGUAUUUUUUUUUUUUUGGGAGAUAUUUGUGGGAAUACAUCUUACAGAAGUUAGAUGAAAAUCAUGGUAGAAGGGGAAAUUUGGCACUUUCAUGGGUUUCCAUCAUGAUAAGAGGGCACGUGUACCGUCGAAGUCAGGACGCUGAUAGAUUCUAUGAGCAGCCAUUGGAUUCCACCCAAAAUAACUAAAAACAAAGCCCGACCCGCAUUCUCCACUCUCUGCUCCUGCUACUGUCCAGAUCCAUUCCUUCCAUUCUAUCGUCAGUGAUGGACCACCACCCAAAAUCCGCCGAUUCCCGCCGGCCGACCACCAACCAGGAUCCCGACACGGUUCGCCGCCCCAAAAGACAGCGAAGUUGCCCCUCCCCUCUCCACUCCGUCGGCCGCUCCGACGACUCCUCUUUCACCUUCGACACCAAAAUCUCCGACGACUCCGCUCCGGAGACCACGCCGAGGUUCGGGUUCUUCAGCGACUGCAUAAAGACCGGCAAGCUUCUCAAUGAAGACCAAAUCGGAGACGGCGAAGUGGUCCGCCUCGGCGGCGGCGGCGACUACGCUCAGAAUCAGAAAAGAGCUGUGGGGUAGCUGUAAUUAUGUUGAAAACAAUAGGCUUUCUCGGAAAACAGUUAUCAAUUCCUGACCAUUUUCUUUUGUUAUAGUUUCUCUGAUAGGGAUUAAUUAAUGAAUCAAUUAAUUAAGGGGUUUAUUAUUAUAUUCAUAGAAAAGCCCCGUUUCAUUGGACUUGUAAUAACGAUUUGUAAAGAAAGGGUUCAUUUCCGCAGUUGUUCUUUUUCAAUCAUUUUCACUGUCUUUUAAAUGUUACACAAAAAAUUCAAAAAAAGAAAAUUUUGCAUUCGAAAUUCAC